UCGAUGAAAAGGAAAAAAAAAUACUAGAUAGAUUUAUAUGUCCCUGGUUGAUCUACCGGUGUGUGGUGUGGUCGGACGAAGAAUUCGAGCCGUCGGAGCUCGGGUUAGCUUUCAGUUACCACUAGUGGAGUUGACUGGGGAAAGGCAGGCGGGGCAGAGGAAAGUGCGGACGGAACACGAGAGAGCGGAUCCUCCCCCGGCGCCGGCGGGCACCGCCGGAGAAGACGGACGUCCGCAGCAGCCCAUCCGGCACCGCGCAUCGCCGUCUCCUUCCCCAUCCGCAAGAGCUUGCCGUCAGCAGCGCAUCAUGCAAAACCCCAGCAAACUGUCCGCCGUCUCUCUAGCCAGACCCCCUGCUUUUUCCGGGCUCCAAGGUUGGGCUGACCUCCCAGAUGGCUUGCUCCAUUCCAUCGUUGCUCGGUUGGCCUCUGUCCGAGACAUUCUUGGCUUUGCUGCAACAUGCCCCUCUUGGCGUGCUGCGUUUUCCUACCCAUCCAAAUCUACGUUCCGCACAAAAUGUCCGCCUCUCCUCAUCCAACCCAAUGUUCGUGUACAAGGUCCUCUUCUUCCUUCUACUAAUGGUUGCCGUGAUAUGUACACAUGUAAGGUUAUUGAUCCAGCCAACCUGAAAGUCGCCCUUCAUUGCCAGAUUCCUCAAGAAACCCUGGAGAAGAUGACAUGUAUCGGCUCUUCCUAUGGUAAUCUCAUCUACUACCGCAAUCGGUAUUGUCGCAUGGUCGAUGUGUUCACAGGUGUGGAGGUUUCAGCUCCACGUCUCCCACCCAUUGCCAAGGGCCCAAAAUUUUGGCUGUAUGGCAUUUUAACAGCCCCCUUGGCAUCACACAAAUCACAUCUCCUUGUCAGCACCAAGUUCUACCUGUUUGAUUGGCCUAUCGGAAGCAACUCUUGGUCCCAAGUCCAGCUUCCUUAUAUGUUGAAAACGGACCAGAUUGUGGAAUUCAAUGGUCAGUUCAUUCUCUCGAAUGGCAAUGGGCGGUUCUACUCCGUGCAGCUGGCCCCGCAGCUUGGCCUGCAGGAGAUAACAACCGACAAGCAGGGCUGGAGUCAAGAACCUCGUGAUAUGACAGAGGUGCUGGUUUGUGGUGACAUGCUUAUCGUUCUCAUUCCCCUUGCUUAUGAGCUCUACCGCCUUGACUUGUCGACCAAGCCCACGACAGUGAUGACCUUGGAGAAGCUGGACGACUGGGCACUCUUUAUCCAGGCGGAAGAAAAGGGCACACCACUUUCGUGCAUGAGUCCGGAACAAUGGGGAGGAAGGAGCAACAGCUGGUACUACGCCGACGAUGGAUCUCUGCCUUGGACCCGGCCUUGGACUCUAGACGGUCCGUUUCAUGAGCCGGACCCUGUGCAGGAUGCGCCUCCCGUCGAUCCUGACGUGGGAAGCCAGGAUGGAUGGGGAGCGUGGAGCAACACCUCGCACUCUGCCGUCCUCGACUCUUGGUAUCUACACGAGCCGGAUCAUGUUUCGGAACCCGUGCAGGAGACACCAUCUGGCGAACCCGUCCCGGACGCGUGGGGAGCCAGUGCAGUUAGCUUUGCUGCCCUUGAGCCUUGGGAUCCACACGAGCCGGAUCAUGUGUCAGGACCCGUGCAGGACACACAAUCUGACGAAACCGGCGUGGAUGGGUGGGGAGGCAGUGCAGACAACUUUGCCUAUUGGCAUUCCCAUGAAAAGGAAGGUUUGCCGAUCUGGCUGUACCCAAGCAUGUUCUACUAUGAUGUACGGUGAUCCUGCCCAACCAUAGCUGACUGCACUGCCAGCUUCUUCUUAGAUUUCACUCUGGGCCAGGGAGCAAACAAUAACUCUGUUCUACUCUAUUGGUGCGCAACGUGUGCUCCCUCCUGCUUAUGUGGUUAGUUUGCUGGAGUUGGUAAGGAGAUGUUUGCAUCCGUUCUCUGUUCCAUCAUUCUUUGGCUUACUUGUACAUGGCCGCCUAUGCUUUUAUUAUGAUCUUUUCCGUGAUGGAAGUGGCACGUUUAACGCAUCCCAUGUUUCAUUUUGGGGGAACAAGCAAGAGAAAAUGUUU